AUGAAGGACAUAAUUACAAGGUAUACUCAACACUCCCAACAAAACAACAAAUUGCACAAACCUCUACAAUUACAGGUAGAGAAAAACAUGUUAACUGAAUUGCAAAAGGAACUUGCUGAUAAAACCCAACAACUAAGGGGACUGAAAGGAGAAGAUUUUGAAGGGUUAAACUUAGAGGGGUUACAACAAUUGGAGAGAACACUAGAAACAGGGCUCAAGUGCGUGAUUGAGAUGAAGGAAAAAAGAAUUAUGAAUGAGAUUGGUGCACUUCAGAUAAAGGGUGUCAAGUUAGAAGAGGAGAACAAUCAUUUAAAGCAUAAGAUGGCUAUGCUAUUUAAGGGGAAAAGUCCUAUCUUGGGAGACUUGGAUGUUACUACCAUGCAGGAAAAUGUCUCAUGUGAGUCCAUGAAUGAUGUAUGCAACUGCAAUAGUGGACCUUCUCUUGAAGAUGAUUCAUCUGACACAUCUCUUAAGUUAGGGUUGCCAUUUCCUUAA